AUGAUUGAUCUCGUUCCAUACGAGUUAAUGCUUCCCUACGAGUCAAUCCAUCCAUAUGAUUUAGGUGAGUUCGAUGAAGAUGGUGUAGUGAUCCCUUAUGGAUGCCUUGAUAUUUUGGAGACAGCCACCACCGCUCUCUUUGACCAUGGGCUGGUCAUGGCCGAUGUGUGUCCUCUUACGUGGGAAUUGGACGCGGAAAUGCUCUAUGACGAAGAGAAUCCUCCGGCUCGCUUUGCUCCCUCGUACAUAAGGGUCUAUAACUUAUGGUCUGACUUUUAUGGUAACGGUCAUUUACUUGAGGCUACUAUUUUGGAUCUGAUAAGAGUGUAUUCACCAGUAGCGGUGACCAUUCCGAGUCUUGCAUCGUACUGCGCUUUUGAUGGAAAUGGCGUUUUUCUUCCUACGGAAAGUGAUAUGAUCACUCUGAACAGCCCGUAUCUCAUUAAUGCACUUGGAAAGGAAGAGUUCCUACAUGAGGUCCUAGCGACUGGCUCGGGCAGAGACGCCAAUGGCAACUUUUUCAUCGAGAUCCAAGAGAGCUACGGGGCUGCUAUCGGAGAUGGUGGGUUUUUUCAGAUUGCCACGGGAUAUAAGUUUUUUCGAGCUUGUGUCAUCAUGAGGCUCUAG